AUGAGGGCAUGCUGGGUAUUUAUAGUCGCACUACUCCUAGCACCACUGGCAUUUGGAUCAGAGCCAGUAACAAAGCUGAUUAUCGACACGGAUCUGUUUAGCGAUGUUGACGAUGCAGCCGCUCUUUUGGUGGCUUGUGGCCAUCCAAUAGCGACGCUAAUAGGCGUCAUAAUCAAUUAUCCAUCGAUAUACAGUGCCUUAGCUGCAUCCAGUAUUCUCGGGUAUUAUUGCCACUCUGGCGUUCCUGUUGGCCUUAAACGACCGUUUUCCAACGAUACCUUCUUUGACACCUGGUCAUACCAACUUGGGGAAUAUGCAAGCAAAGUCGCAUACAACUGGCGACAUAAUGCAUCGAUGCCAUGGGGAGACGUAAGUACUGCUUGGUAUCCCGUCGAGCUGUAUCGAAAGCUUUUAUCGGAGGCGGAUGAUCACAGUGUGAGAAUUGCCAGUAUUGGAUUCCUCGACAACCUCUCUGAGCUUCUUUCAUCACCGGGUGAUGCAUACUCUCCGCUUUCAGGGCAUGAACUUGUAAAGACUAAGGUGGAGGAACUCGUCAUCAUGGGUGGAGCAUACCCGUGCGGAUAUGAAUAUAAUUUCUACGGCAACAAUGCUUCUGCAACUGUCCAUGUGGUAAGCACUUGGCCGGGGCCCAUAACAUUCUCUGGGAGUGAACUUGGGGCGGCCGUCUACUCGGGGGCGCGGUUGACGGUAGAGGGACCUGUCGGUGAUCCAGUCAAUGCAGCUUACCGGUGGUACACCGGGUACAACACGUCUCGGAGUUCGUGGGAUCCCCUUACUGUACUCUAUGCCAUCGACGGAUUGAGAAACAUGUUUGAAUACGCAAACAAAGGAGGGCAUAACUAUGCUUACCCCGAUGGUAGAAAUGAAUGGCUUCCAGACAACUCUUUGUAUCCGCAGAAAUACUUGAAGCUGCGAAUGUCGGAAAUACAAGCUGGUGAGCUUUUGGAUGAAUUGUACCUCGACAUGGCGACAAGAGCUGCAAGGAGAUAA